AAGGACACAGGAUCGCGUUCUCUGGCUUGGCAGAGCAUAUUCAGCUCUUAACGCUCAGACGGCUAACAUAAGCUCACAGGGUUAUUUGUAUAAACAUAUUGACUCAGUUGAUGAGCUGUGCUUUGCUCCUUGAUCCCCUGUCAGCUGAGAGGAGUUUCCAGCAGGGCUUGAGAAAAGACCACAGAAAGCUGUCGGCCACCUGAUGACUGGCUGGGUGCAGCAGAGUCUGCACUGUGGCCUCUGCUGAAAGAAGUGGAUAUAUCUGCUCCAAAGAGAGAAGCGACAGCUGAUGUCCUGGCCCUGACACUCUGCUUUAUCAGAUGAGAAAAUAGAAGACAGCUGGUCGAUGUCAGUGGGUUUCCGCAGUCAGAGAUUCCCAAGUUUAUCGACACCUAACAUCAAUGAGGCCUCAAGUAAGGAUGGCACUGCUUCACUGCACAGGAAUGUCCUGUCAUGGGGUGUGUGGUGGGGGCAAGAGGAGAAGGAGAGUGCAUCUCUUAGAGCAAUAACACACUCUGCCUCCGCUCAGACUGCAGAUAGCAGAUUUUACAGGGGAGUUUCCAACCUGUCCAGGGUUGCGAGUGUCCCAGAUGUGGUGGAACGGUGGCCAAAGUCAGCAUUUUCCUCCAUCACCAUCGCAGCCCAGAGGAUUUUGCCGUCACCACAGGACCCCGUGUAUCCAUCCUCUCCAGCACAGCCUGUGACGGCAUCAACUCCACUGAAACUACCGGAAAGUUUUGAAGGAAGAGCCUCAUCCAUACCCACGGGCACAAUGAGAGUGUCAAACUCCCAAACGGACGUGUGCAGACAGAAUCUUUCUGUCUUGAAGCCAAAUGAGUUCAGACAGGCCUUCUCACCAGCUGAUGGAUUGGCAGUGAGAGAUCAAGGGAAGAGGAAAGUACAACUUGUACAACGCAGACUGAACUGCACAGAGAGCAACAGAAAGCUGGACACGAUAGGUGGCUCGUUAAUGAACCUGUCCUCACAGCCUUCCUUCCGGUCUUGUAUCCAUCUUGAGGUGCCACUGAGGUCCACUAGCUCUGUUUUGUUUUUGGACAAGUCACUUUCCAUUUCCCUUGUGGAACUAGAGGAAAGAAGAGCAGGUCAACCCCCUUUGUACAGGUCUACCUUGUCUGUUCGCCUCAGUGUCUCAUCCUGCCUCAGAUCCUCCACAGAUAACAAACCAAGCAAAAUAAAUGAGGGUUACGGGAGACCCAGAGCGGCCAUGUUGGGGCGAAACAAGCGCAGUGGCCAAGAGAGUGGUUCGGAUCAGUGCAGCAGAAGCCCUCUAUCAAAGCACAGGGGCCACAAGGUCGAGCAAAUAGCACCCGCUCAUGGUGUUAACAGCAAGGCUGAUGAUUCAGGCACACAGCGCCACAGCACUACUUUGGGAUUAUUGUCAUUCAGAGGGCCAAGCCCCUCAAACACAAAGGCUGGCAGGCAGAAGGGGAAUGCAGAUGAGGCAGCCUUCCCUAUCCGUAGCAAUUUCAGGCACAGGCAGCACACGUCCAAUAUUGGCCCAGUGGACUCCAGAACUUGGAGCAAGCAAGCUGGGAGAGAAAAGACAGAGGAACAACAACAUGACUCUUCCUCGGAGCCUCAACAUGUCUCGGAUCAGACCUGUCAUUCCCAACUUAAGGCCAAUUCUCUGGAAGGCACACCCAAGACUCUCAGCCUCAAAGAGGCUCUGGAGCUCUUCAGGCCAGACUUCAUCAGCCGAUCUCAGGGUCGGGUGAGGAGGUUGGAGCAGAGGGCUAGGAGAAGGAAAUCGCUGCAGAACUCCAAUCCAGACCUGGUGCAGGGCCUCAGGGAGGAUCGAAGCAAGCAAAAGAGGAACUGCACCACCCCAGAUCCACUUAGUGAUAACCUUUUCAAGCCUAGAGAGAGGUCUAUAUCAGGCAGAGAGAUGCAGCUGAGGUCCAGACGGAUUUACAACAAGCUGCCAGAGGUGACAAAGAAGAAAGAGGAGGAGAAAAAGAGGGCUGUAUCACAAACCAACAGAUUGCGAGCAGACGUCUUUAAAAAGAGACUUCUGAACCAGAUCCUGCAAAGAUAAACGAGAGACACCGAAAGGCAAAUGGAGUUCAUUCACUGACCAUUCUUCAAUUUUCUCAAUAUAUAUUGGCUUUGCAGUUAAUCAUCUAUGCAUAUCAUUCCCACUGCCUGUGCAUGAUUUAGUUAAACCUCUGUUUCAUGUUGUAUCUUUGUUCUUUGAAAGUAGUGCAACAAAAAUAUGUUUUGCUGUUCCCAGGGUGACAGGAAGACAUGUUUGGUGAAGCUUACUUGAUUUGUCACCAGUGUUUAAAGAUAUAAUUUGAUUUGACAUGUAGCAAAGACGCAUUAAGAAAUCUUUGCUCAUGCCACAUUGGCAGAUGACAGCAAAACAAACAAUUUUGUUGUCUAAAAUUCAUUCAUUCAUGUAUUAUCCAUCACCGCUUAUCCUGGUAUAGUGUCGGGGGAGAGAUGGAGCUUACCCCGGGUGACACUGGGCGAGAGGCAGGGUACACCCUGGACAGGUUGCCAGACUAUCACAGGGCUGACGCAUAAAAAUAGACAACCGCAUAUGCUUACGUUCACACCUACAGGCAAUUUAAAGUCACAAGUUAACCUGCAUGUCUUUGGACUGUGGGAGGAAGCUGGAGUACCCGGAGAAAACCCACGCUGACACAGGGACAACAUGCAAACUCCACACAGAACAGCUCCCCUACCCCGGGGUUUGAACCAGGAACACUCUUGCUGCAUAAAUGCUGAUAAAGGGAGGUGGGACCAAGUCAUUUUGCAAGUCUCAAGUUAGUCUGAAGUCUUAAGUUAGUCUGAAGUCUUUGCACUCAAGUCCAGAGUCAAGUCUGUAGUCAAGACAGGGAAGUCCCAGGUCCUAAACUUUUUUUAGUUUCAAGUCUUAAACAAGUCAUAUUGUGCUAUUCAGCAGAUGAAAUGUCAUUUUAACACAGAAUAACAAUAAAUUAAAUUUACAAAAAUCAUGAAUGCUUUUAAAAUUUGUGUUUAUUUGUUAUCAAAACAAGUACAAUUGAAAUUAAUCAUAACAACAUAAUGCUGACAUUGCACUUUAAUAGGACAAAGCGCUCUUAAGCAGUACCACAAUUAGCUCAUAGCGCCCACAAUAGCUCGCUAACUAUGCUAAUAUUAACCUCGGCUCCCUGUUCUUUGUGCAACUUCAAAUGUCAGAUGAGAUUGAAUGUUGUUGCGUUUCCGUCCAUAGUUCUCGAACUGCAUGUUUUGCAUACUGCAGUUGUCUUUUUUUGGUGACCAUUUUGUAGUUUUUGUACACAAAUGAAAUUAUAUUUGGUAUCAUUUUUUCCAAUUACCACUCACAAAGGUAAGGUUGGUUUGUCAUGGUUCUCUGCAACUUGACUGGAUGCUGUUGGGUUGGUUCAAGGUGGAUCUGGGGGAUUUAGUGCUGACUGGGAAUGAACAGCAUUAGUGUUGGUUGAUUCAGGAAAUCAAGGAAAAUGAAUUCGCUGGUGGCACAAGUUUAUAAUCUGCAGGCUUGGGGGAAGGUAUCAAGUAGUUUCAAAUCAAAAGUCUUUGGUGUUAAAGUCAAAGUCACUUUGCAAGUCUUCUUUGAUUUGUUCAAUCUAAAGUCAAGUGAUCAAAGUCAAAUUUGAGACUUCAGUCUGACUGGAGUCCAAGUCAUGUGCCUAGGGUCCCCUCCUCUGCUAAUAAGUUAAUUGUUGUCUGCAGACACUGACAAAGCCCAACCUCCUCACCUACCACCAACACACUCAUAAUUAAGGGUUUGACGGCUGAAUUAUUUAAGAAAUGAAACUGUAAUCUGUCUUCUCCGCUCAAAUUAACACCCACUGAUUAAAUGCAACACAGAUUAAUCACAGAAUUUUGCUCAUUUCCUUCUUAAUGAUUCCAUUCCUUAUCUACAGUAUCAUUUUCCUCUAAUGUAUCUCAAGUGUCUCGAAAUGAAAUAAA